UAUAUAUAAAAAAAUCUGAUUUUUGAAGUUAGUGAAGAGAACAACACUAGCAUACCAAUUUCUGCGCAUUGAUUCAAUUCAAACAAACCCACACACUCCACUGCAUUUUGUAUAGUACAUAAACACCAAACCCCGCCCAAUUUCUUUAGGGUUUUUAAUUUUCUUUCCCCUCGUCGUAAGUCGUAACAGAAGAGUAGAAUCCCUAAUUCCCCAAAUUCUCGCGUUGGACAUGCUUCAAUCACUGCGCAUUCCCAAUUCGAUCAAUCAAUGGGUGCGAUGACCGCAAACCGGAAGCGCUCCGAAGAAUGCAUGAACGUAAACCACACAAAUUCCGAUUCUCCGAGAAAACGCGCCAAAUUCUCGAUCAAACCCGUUCCGUCCGCCACCAGCGCCGUCGCGAGACUCUCCCGGUACCCAGAGGUUCACGCGCCGUUGGCGAGGGAGGUUCACGCGCCGUGCCGGUCGCGAAAAUUCGAACGCUCUAGGGUUAUUGUCAGUGCCGGCAACGUCAUGGGGAACUUUCUGGCAACGAAGUUCAAGGAGGCGAAGCGUUCGGCGUCGGCGAAAUGCAGGAACCUGGUGGAGAAGGGGAAGGAGGUGAUUGAGGUGGACGCAGAGACGGAGAGUGAAGAGCGUUACGUGGAUUCGAGUGUGGAAGAGGCGCGUGGCGAUGGUGACAAGGUUGUCAGGGUUCAGCAGCAGUCGCAGUCAACGUUGUCGUUUGAUUCGGAGAUGAUGAAUGCGGAGUUGAAGAUGGUGAGUGGUGGGAAGGUGUGGGGUUAUGAGACGCAGCGUGAUUUGGAAAAUGUUCAUAUGUAUAAGAAGUUGCUUGAGGAUGUUGGGAGGAGAAGUGGCACGCUUCAGAGGCUGAAUUUUGAGAUUGAUUUGAAUGAGAAGCGCAGGGAACAUUAUAAUUUGUUGCGGCCGAAGAAGGAAUUGGUUGAGGAACAGGAAGUGCCGCAAGAGCCUUUUGUUGCUCUUACAAGUGAGGAGGAAGAUGAGGUUGAAUGUGCCUUUUCUUCCAACUGGAGGAGGAUCUUGGUUACCCACGAGAAUUCUAACAUUGUGAUCACGGGAGAGAAGUUUCAGUGCCUUAGGCCCACUGGAUGGUUAAAUGAUGAGGUUAUAAAUUUGUACCUGGAAUUGCUUAAGGAGAGGGAGCAAAGAGAACCACAGAAAUUUCUGAAAUGUCAUUUUUUCAAUACCUUUUUCUACAAAAAGUUAAUAAGUGGGCCGAAAGGUUAUGAUUUCAAAUCUGUCAGAAGAUGGACAACCCAACGGAAAUUGGGAUACAGUCUACUUGAAUGUGAUAAAAUAUUUGUACCUAUCCAUCAAGAGAUACAUUGGUGCUUGGCAGUUAUCAAUAAGAAAGAUAAGAAAUUCCAGUAUCUUGACUCAAUGAAAGGAGAGGAUAGUUUUGUGCUAGAAAAGCUGGCUAAAUAUUUUGCGGAUGAAGUAAAUGACAAGACUGGAAAACAUAUUGAUGUAAAUACCUGGAAAAAAGAAUUUGUGAAAGACCUUCCUGUGCAGAAAAAUGGGUAUGAUUGUGGGGUGUUUAUGAUCAAAUAUGCAGACUUUUAUAGCAGGGGUCUGGAAUUGUGUUUUAACCAGGAAAACAUGUCCUACUUUCGGCGUAGGACGGCUAAGGAGAUCUUGAGAUUGAAAGCUGAAUGAGGAAAGAAAUGACUGAGCAGCAUCCCAAUAUAUAGCUGUGGAUUUUUGGUACAAGAUAUUUCGAAAGGUCGUUAUUAUUUUUUGGCAGCACUUGGUGAAAGGAUACAGCUGAAAGGAUUCUUCACAUUUUGCAAUGUCUUAACAAUAACCAUCAUACAGUUGGAGCAUUUGUUAGCUUGGAUACUAAAUUGACUAUACAUAUAAUGGUUAUGUUUGGAUAUAGCUGGUGGGUUGUGUAGAAUGUUGUAGGUUGUAUAUUGCUAUACAAGAGUGGAUUACUAGCGAGGCAUAGUUUAAAGGUUAAGGUGUUAUUUCUUUCCUCGCAAUCCCAUUCUUUCUAUUCAGUUUGAUCAAUUAUAAUGUUUGUCCCUGAUGUCAUGUGUGAAUUAUGAGGAACGUAUUUUAUUAAUAAUGUUUGUCCUUGAUGUCAUGUGAAUUAAGAGGAAGUAGAGUUAUGCAG